UAUGUACGUACCAGACUCGGAAACUCGUCAAGGUUGUAAACAACGCUCCCAAUCCGUAGCCGUAAUAAUAUAACAUAUUAAAACCCGGGUUAAUGCGAUGAGUGGAGAUUCGGUGGACGGUGCAGAAUGUAAAAUGCCCAAAGCUGAUGAACUGAGAGGUUUCGUCUCUCAGAGACUCGCCGCUGCCUCCAGGGAGAUCUUAGCGGCGGUAGAACGACUCGUAGCCGGAUACGAGGCGGAGGCGUCGGGCUUCAGACAGGAGAUCGAGCGGCAGAGGAAGCACCUGGAGACGCUUCAGCGGCCGCAGUUCGCCUCCACCGAACCCGGUACAAAGUGCAGCUGGAUCCAGAGCCAUGAUGAGGAAGAGGAGGAAGAAGAGGAGCUUCCUGUGUGUGUGGAAAACCUGGAAGACCUGAGUCAAACCUCAACAAGGGUUCAGUUUGAGAAGAGGAAACCUGGCAGACCUCGGAUUAGCAGCAGGAACGUGGAUCUGAAGGUCUGUUUCCUGGAGGACUCCAACGCCCAGCGACUGUCAAAAAAUGUUUAUAAGAAAAGUCCGGUUCUGAAGGUGACGUGUCCUCGUGACCUGCGGGAGGCCGGGUUCCUCUGCCUGUUGAGGAGGACCUUCCCUCAGUUGGCUGGAGACGACCGACAGUUUGACAUCCUGACGUCCAGUAAGACGCGGAGGCUGCAGUGUCUGAGGCUGAAGACAGUGACGCCAAAGGAGAUUCAGAACCAAAUCAGCUGCACAGGAGCGGAGGAGUCAACACUCUUUAUCAGGCUGAAGGCGCAAAAGACAGAUGAGUCCGACGAGGUGGAAGGUCCUCCCCUGCAAACACUCAACAUCAGAACCAAAAGUCGUCUGUCCACGCUGACGUGUGCUGACAUCAGGCCACACACAAGCAGCCUUGCUCAGAAGAUCGACAGUAGCAGGGCAGUGAUCCAGAGCUGCAGCUCAACAUCACCACCACCUCUCAUGGAAACAGAUGAGGCUGAUGAUGAGGAUGCAGGUUCCAAGUCUACAGUUGAGCUUCACGCCAGUGUAGAGGAGGGUGAAAGACAACAGGUGCAUGAAUCACAAUCAAAGACGAUAAAGCUAAAAUCCAGACAAUACUUUGUCAAAGACACUAAAAUUGAAACUGAGAACAGCAACGAGUUGUUUUUCUCCUGCAAAGUCUGUGGAGAGCUGCACAAAUUAGAAGGCACGUUUGUCCAACAUGCCUGGAGUCAUGUGAAUGACUUCCAAGGUGCUUGUGGAGUGUGUGGUUCUCUUUUCCAGUCUGUGGAGGCGCUGAAGGAUCAUCUCCAAAGUCGCCACAGAACCGAAGACUGUCCCAAAUGUGGAGAGUCGUUCCUCAAUGCUCUCAGCCUCAAUGAGCACGUGGCCGCACAUUCAGGAGAGAAACCAUACGAAUGCCAGGUUUGCAAAAGCACGUUUGCAUUGAAAUCAUCUCUGGAGAUUCACCAAAAUCUGCACGAGGAAAGUAGGACACAUGAAUGUGAGACGUGCCACCGAGUGUUUGAGCUGAAGGAGCAGUUAGAUGCUCAUCUCAGGACUCACGCUGCCAAGAGGCCUCACGUCUGCGGCGUUUGCGGGAAGUCCCUCAGUGACUACAGGUCUUUAUCCCGCCACAAGUUCACUCACACGGGGGAAAGACCUCACAGCUGUCAGAUCUGCGGAAGGCGCUUCAAACUUAUUGGAGCGCUGAGACAACACGAGAAGACCCACGUGGACAGAGAGCGAUCGUACCUCUGCGACGUGUGCUGCAAAAUGUUCCUGACGAGCAAACAGCUGCAGAUACACAUGAGGACGCACACCAACGAGAAGCCCUACCACUGCAGCCAAUGCGGGAAGGGGUUCACCACCAGGGGGCCCCUGACGGUGCACAUGAGGGUCCACACCGGGGAGACACCCUACCGCUGCCCGGACUGCGGCUGCUCCUUCAAACGGAAGAGCAACCUGGACGACCACCGCACCGUGCACUCGGGCGUCAAGGCGUUCAUCUGCAGCAUUUGUGGGAAAGCGUGCGCUCGCAGAACCCACCUGACGGUUCACAUGAGAACCCACAACGGGGAGAGACCGUACCAGUGCAGCGUGUGCAGCAAAGCCUUUACCCAGAGCCACUGCCUGAAAACACACAUGAGGAGCCACCAGGAGGUGGAAGCUCCGCUGUAAGACCCAGUGAGCUGCACACGCUAUUUAUGUAAGUUAUUUAUUACGUACAGUAUUGUGCAACAGCAACUUUAACAGUUUUAACGUUUUCACUUCAGCUGUCGUUCAUCUACAUGCACUAAUCCUCCCCCUGGGGACUGUUACUGUCAUUCAGUCACAUGUCUGUGAGGCUCUGCAUUUCCUCACUGCUUCACAUUUGUCUGUGUCUUAUGCUGCAAUGUGCACUAGCUGAACAACAAAUGGGAGAAUAAUAAUAAUAACGAUCAGUAAAGCCAUUCAAAGCUUCCUGAGCUGGAUCGUUACCCUCGCUCACCAGCAGAAAGGCUCCAGAGUUUGGUUUCUGAUGGCACAUCUCAGAGCAGUCAUUUUCACCUGCACCCACUUUGAUUCAUGAGAUGAACAGACCAAAGCUUAAAGGUGAAUGCACCUUUUCCAUUGCAGACAGGACGUUCCCACCCUUGUUUAGUUUCAGGGUGGUGUUUCCAAAACCAUAGUUUCCCUCUACGAUGGAGAAACAGCAGAGGUAAAACUAAACUGCUCUGCAGAUCGAUCUAGAAGGAAGACGGUGCCACCGCACAGGAAGUAGAAUCAUGUAGAAUCAGGAAGCUGGUGCAAAAAUUGUCUUCAACAACAAACGGAUAAAGAGCUGUCUGAUUCUUGUUGCUCUGUCUUUGAACCCUCUUCCACUGGCAGAAUGUAUUUAAAAUUUAUUUACAUACGUGUGUGACGAGCUGCGUCUGUGUGUGAAAAGCAGUGGGUUGUAUUUUACACUUAAUUACAAAUGCAAUUAUUUAUACCAGUGUCCAGACUGGGUCAGUAGAAUCGAGCGAGUAACUGUCAAUCUCCAUCUGAACUACUGUUCGUAUGCAGACAUGUUUGUAAUCAGAGUGUUUUUCGAUCAGUUAAACAUAAACAGCAGAGGAAAUAUGUUUGUUUGUUGUUAACAACAGGGAGAUAAGAUAACAGGGAUCUGUUCCAAUCAUUGUAAUGUGGUUAUAAAGCAUUUUAUUAUCCUGUUUACAAAUGAGUGUGCAGCUGAUUGAUUCAGUCCUUAUUACAAACAAAGCUUAAUUAAGGUAAACUAGUGAUUCAGUUUAGUUUACAGUGGUAUCAGCCAUGGUCAUAUUAAUCAGACCAGAUGCGAUUAAUGGGUCGUUAUAAAUAAGAUUGUCUUAUUGCCGGAGAAAACAAACAAACAAACAACAACCAAAACUGUGGGAAACACAAAAUGUGCAGAAGAUUUAUGUGCAGAAUUAAAAUACAUGUGUACAACUAACACACAUUUUUGGAGUGUCCACACUGGUCAGUUAACUCAGGGUUGCUGGAAGCAAUGAGCAGCAGCCACGCGGAGCUCAGCAGCCACACGCAUCCAGCACAGACGCCUUUCACACGCAGGUAGGUCACAGCGUGGACCACAGCCAGGUAGUGCUCCACGCAGGUGAGGAUGUGGAACAGAGCCUGUCCAGCAGAGGUGACGGACAGCAAACAAACGCCCACUGACGUGAGGCUCCACAGGCGGCUGCGACUCCCGUAAAAUACAAGGAUCACAGCCAAGAAGGCGAGGAGCUGCAGGGCGACGGCGUGGUGGAUGUUGGAGGAGCUGCUGGUACCCGAUGAAGAGGACGAGGAUGAAGACGGGGAGGAGCAGCAGGUUGGUGAGCGUCAUGGCAGAGAGGAGAACCACGCUGACUUCAGGCCAAACACAAAUCAGUCUGCGGUUCCAGCGAAGAGUUGAAGGAGGAGGAGCUGGACAUCUUCACUGAGGGGUUCUGUGGCAUCAAAGGGGAGGAAUGAGGUCAUUUAUGGUCAAAUAACAGCUGUUAGUUCCUUAUUUUCAUGAAAUUAUGAUAAUAAUUAAGGAAAAUGAGAACUCAGUUGUUUUAUCCAAGGUUUCUGCAUCAUAAUAAACACAAACCAGUGUGUGCUUCAUUUUAAAUCUAGAACCUAAUGGUUUGACUGGGACCCACCUCAGCAGAGCGUCGUCGGAUGUUCUCCUGUCUCCGACUGCUACAAACACUGGACGUGAGGAACAUGAGGCGUGUUUGCAUGUUACAAGACUGACGCACACUUCACGGUACAUGUUACGGUUCAUUACAUCAAAGCAGGCAAAUGUAUGGAAAGUCUGACAUCUGCUGCAAAAAGGUAAUGAUCCAUAAUGAACAUUAACUAAUGAAGGUCAGACGCUGCCUU